AGUACUUCGCCUGUGACACAUCUAGAAAGUUUAUUUUGAUUUGUGUCUUUUGGUCUUCUUGAAUUUAAUUAUGGUAUCUGUUGGUGAAUUAAGCUUGAGGAAUACACUUUUAGGAUUUGUGGGUGUGCAUAGUGAUAUCUUGCAUGUCAAAAGUCACAAUAUUUUAUUACGUGACGACGAGGAAUUUAGAAAUGAUAAAAAAUCUGUAUUAAUUAUCAGUGGAGGCGGUUCUGGUCAUGAACCAUUUCCUGUCGGAUUCGUUGGCAAAGGUAUGCUCUCAGCAGCAAUAUGUGGGGAAAUAUUUACGUCACCAUCGGUCACCAGUUGCCUCGCAUCAAUUCUGCUAUCGUCACAAAAUGAUCCGAGCCGUGAGAUUUUAAUGGUCAUUAAUAAUUAUACUGGAGAUAGAUUGAAUUUCGGAUUGGCUAUAGAAAUGGCGAGAAAUAUACACAAGUAUGAAAACAUAAAAUCAAUUAUCAUUGAUGACGACUGUGCGAUUGAUAAUCCACGAAAUUCGACAGGCAGACGUGGAUUGACGGCCAUAAAUCUCAUAAUGAAAAUAGCAGGCGCAAUGAGUGCCAAAGGCUUUCCUCUAACUGAUAUCCACGAACAAUGCUCAUCGAUACUUAACAAUCGAAUGAUUCGAACAAUUGGUUUCACAUUUCAACACAAUCGAAAUGAAUUAAAUCAAAUAGAUAUUGGAUAUGGUAUCCAUGGUGAAGCUGGUGCUUUAAAAUUAGACAAUACGAAAUGCUUUAAAACCAUAAUUGGAAUUUUGAAGCAGAAAUUAAAGAUUGAUGAAAUUAAAUCGGAUAUCAUUGUGUUAUUCAAUAACCUCGGCGGUGCUUCCGAAUUUAUAUUUUAUAAUUUCAUCAAAGACUUUAUGGAUUCAAUUAAUGGCAACUCAUUUAAUGUAAUCAAAAUUUAUGCUGGAAAGUUUUUAACAUCACUUGGCAAAGAGGGUAUCGGUGUAUCAAUCAUGGAAAUCAAGGACAAUUCGAUUAUUGAAUUACUUGAACAUCCGACAGAGACAGCAUCGAAAUAUUUAUUUAAUAUCCCACUCAGUUACUCGCAUAGUACACGUGAAAUGGAUUUUGAAGUUUCAAAAGUAGAUGAGUGUCCAAAUCACGAGGAUAUGAUAGAAAAUGUCAAAAUGAAUGAAAUUGAAAUUAUGAAAAAAGUUUUAAUGAAAAUUUGUCAUGAUAUAAAUGACGCAAGAAGUGACCUUAAUCUCAUGGAUAAAGAAUUGGGCGAUUCUGAUACGGGAGAUACAUUGUCACGUGGUGCCUGUGCGAUUCUUAGAGAAUUAUCAAAGAAUAAUUUAAAUGCUGGCAAUCCACACAAAUUUCUCAUUACUCUUAGUGAUAUUUUAAUGAGAUCCAUGGGUGGCAGUUCCGGUGCUAUUUUUUCAAUUUUCUUUCAAUGUGCUUCUAUUGCAUUUCGUGAUUGCAAUAAAUACUGCAUUACUAAUUGGCUUCAAGCAUUAUCGAAUGGAAUUGAUGGAAUAAUGCGGUAUGGUAAAGCAGAAAUUGGCGAUAGAACUUUACUCGAUUCCCUUUGUGUUGGAUAUAAUGAGAUGAAAAUUACUUUUAAUGACGGAAAUUCCCUCGAAGCGGUUCAAGCUUUUACAAAAGGAUGUCAAAUUGGAUGUGACAAAACAAAGAACAUGUUUCCAAAAAGUGGUAGAUGUGCUUACGCAUAUGCUGAUAAAGAUUCUGAUUUCAAAUUUAGUAGCAAAUUUCCUGAUUCCGGCGCGUACGUUAUUUCAAUAAUUUCAAAUGGAAUUCUUCACGUGCUACAAGGGCUUGAAUAAUGUUUGCGAAUGUUUCAGCUUCUCUUCUUAUUCUAGCGUUUUUUUGCACAGCUUAUAACUUCUGUAUUGCUUUAUGCUUAAAUUCAUAGUCUUAGCGAGUGAUUGUUCAUUGUUACAACAAUUUGAAUGCUCAAUUUGCAACAUGAGACCUGCUUUAUGUUUACACAACAGAAUAAAUUUUAUUUCUAAACUUACCGGAGAAAUUCUUAAGCUCAAUGACACUCCUUGAUAUGUCAAUAACUGUACUCAAAUAA